GGGGCGGUUAUAGGUGCUCCCGGAAGUUGUUGUAAAUGUCAAACGGGUUGCCAUAGCUCCGUGGUUUCCGGUCCGUUUUGGUCGGCUGUGGCUGUCAGAGGUCAAUGGCGAGCCCCGGGAGCCCCUCUUCUCCCACGCCGGAGGGCCGGCUGGCCGUGGAGUUCGCCGUGCCGGCGCAGGUGGAGGCGGCGGGCCGGCAGAUGGCGGCGUUCGCCCAGCGCCACGGCUCCGCCGGCCGGAGGGUGGUGCUGGUCACCUCCGGGGGCACCAAGGUCCCGCUGGAGUCCCGCACCGUGCGCUUUCUGGACAACUUCAGCAGUGGCCGACGGGGGGCUUCGUCCGCGGAAUACUUCCUGGACUCGGGAUACGCGGUGGUGUUCCUGCAUCGGCACCGCUCCCUGUACCCCUACUCCCGGCGCUACGCGGGGGUGAACCUGCUGGACGCCCUGCGGGUGGAGGGCGAGGGCGAGGGCGGCGGCGGCGGCUCCGGGCGGGUGGUGGCGGACCAUCGGGUCCUGCCAGACGUCGCCGGCGUGCUGCAGCGCUACCAGGCGGUGAAGGAGGCGGGGCUGCUGCUGCCGGUGGAGUUCAGCACCCUCUCCGAGUACCUGCACCUCCUGAAGGCCGCCGCACAGGCUCUCAGCACCAUAGGAUCAAAGGCCAUGUUUUACCUGGCGGCCGCUGUGUCCGAUUUCUAUAUCCCGGCCUCCGAAAUGCCUGAGCACAAGAUCCAGUCCUCCGACGGGCCACUGCAGAUCAGCAUGAAGAUGGUGCCCAAGAUGCUGUCCCCGCUUGUGAAGGACUGGGCCCCCAGUGCCUUUGUCAUCUCCUUCAAGCUGGAGACCGACCCCUCCAUCCUGCUGGUGCGGGCCCGCCGCGCGCUGGAGACCUACCGCCACCAGGCCGUGGUGGCCAACGUGCUGGACACGCGGCGCGGCUACGUGGUGGUGGUCACGCCGGAUUCGCAGACCGAGCUGGUCCUGUCCGAGGAGGAGGCGCGGAUGGAGGUGGAGAUCGAGGAGAGGAUCGUCUCCAACCUGACCUCCGCCCACUCCAGCUUCAUCGCGCAGCAGGGCUGAGACGAGGGGGGGGUGCACUGGACUGGUCUCUGGUGCCACACUUGUACAUCCCAGACUGUUCCCCUGCAGGGCUAGAGCAAUUCAUUGAUUUCCAUUGCUAAUCUAAUCUCCUUAGGUUUCAGAUUAAAACAGGAGUUAAAGCUGUGGGCCAGCGUCUUGCAAUGGAGUGGAGAAAGCAAAUCUCUCCUCUGGUGUCAGACAUUUCUAGGAGCAAUAGAUUUGUAAGUGAAGCCGAUUCCAGCUCUUGAUUGCAAAAUGGAACAGGGCCAACAGCUACGUUUCUGAACUGAAUGAUCCUCUGUGAGUGCGGGUUAAGAAAAUGUUUUGUUGUUCAGUUGGGUUGAACAGUUUUGUCUGUGCUCCUUUCAUUUUGAAGAGAAAGCCAAUAUGUAAAAAUGUGGAUUUCAAAAACGUGUGCAGGCAGGCAGUAUUGGAUUGUGGAAUUUCAGUUUCAAAAACUGUACAGCAGGAAAAACAUACUUUUCCAGGAGGCUUUUUUAGGUCUUAUAACUUGACUAAAGCCUUUGGCUGGACUAGUUUUGAAGCCUGAUCUAAAGCUAUAUCCAUUCCUAAGGUUAUCGAGAGGAUCUAAUAAUAUUUUGUGCACAGAGGCUCAGUCUAGUUCCACCAAACAGUUGGCCUCUUUGAAAUUAUAAUAAUGCUAAGAAGAAUGAAGAAACAUUUGACUAUUUGCACAAACAGUUGCCUACUAAUCCAUAAGCAAUAUGCUGUUGUAUGCAUUCGUAACAUUAGAAAAUGAGGUGGCCUCAAUUUCAGCUGUUCAGCUGUGUGUACAGUGAAAAAUCUUGCAUAUCAUAUCCCCAUGAUAUGAAACCAGGAGACCCAACCUGAGCACACAUUGCUUCUAAAGUAACUGUUUAAUUCUCUUUUCCCUUUGUCCAUUCUAAUACUCUAAAGUAAAAAAAGAAAAUUAAAAACAGCUCCGUAUGCUUUCAAACCUAGAUUCCAUCAUGCCCAGUAAACAGUGAAAGAGUAGGUUUUAUUUAAACUAAAUUAAAUCCAAUUAAAAAAAUAUCAGUUCUAAUUAGUACUAUAUCACAUGAUGAAAAUUGUAGUUUCUACAUGAAAAGGUGGACUUCAUGCAUUUGAUAAAAUCCUGACAAAACAUUUUUUGUUGUGAACAUGGUCAUUUUGUAAGUUAACUGUGUUGGAAUAAGAUGUUAAAUACUCCUGUCACACUGGAAACAUUAGGGAAACAAGUUAGGCUGAAAACGUCAGCCAUUUAAUGCAAUGUAAACGGUAUUUCUGUAAAGAAGAGUUUUUAACUGUGAUCUGUAAGAUUGCCUGAUGACAGCUAUGGUGACGUAUUACUGUUGACAGUAUUACUAUGAUGGGGACGUCCUGGCCGAUGCACAUUUUGGAAGAGUGUUUACAGGAAGGGUCAUAAGGGUGUUUGUGAUCCAGGAGAUGAGAUUCAUUAGUGACUGUGGAACAGUAAGGAGAUAAAGUAAUGCAGACAGGAGGAACUGUAAGAAUUAAGAAGAUGCUAUAUAAUACCUUUACUAAUAAAUGACUGGGGCUCAGACCAAAGCAAUGUGGCUUUGGAUUAAGAGGUAUUGUUCAGUGGGCCAUUAACUGGGAAGCCUUACUGUUAAAAUGUGAUCAUAAGAGUAGUUAAACUGUCAAAAAUAGUACAAUGUUAAUUAAAAACAAGUUGGCUAUACAUUUGGAUGUAUGAAGAAUACAUUAAUAAAAAUCAAAUUAGUG